AUCAUACUCCGCAUCAAUCAUAUAUUACAUGACAACCAGCUAUUAGUUGUCCUCUUUUUGCAUAUUAUACACAUAUAGAGUUAUUCCCAGCCACAAUUUCAUAUUAAUUAAUUAUCCGUCCAUGUCCACAACAUACAAACAACAACCUCAACAGGUUCAGCCUCAACAACAGCAACAACAACAACAAGCCAUGUCAUCCUUGACAAGACUAUUGCAUGAAUCUUCGUCGUCCUCACUCAACUCACCGAUUGUUUCCAGAAACGUUUCCGAAACUUCCUUGCCUAGUAUUGUCGACGGCGCAAAUGGGUCUGGUAUAUCUAUUGACACCAAGAACCGAGUCCCGACGACGGCAAUAACCGGUCAUACGACCACAGCCCCGACCCCUGUUGUUGUUGCUGCUGCUAGUCCCAAGGUCGUCAACGGAUUUGAAGCUCCGUCGGUUAGUGAUGUGCCGGUAUCAUCAUCUCCAUUCACUCCAACCUCCCCCUUCCACCGCCAGUCUUCAAACUCAUUCUCGAGUAACCAAGUGUUUCGGGAAAAGAGCACUUCAAGUCCAAGAGUCAUAAAGAACAAUUCCGUUAGUCAUUCUUCGUUCUAUGUUGGUGGUGAGAGUUUAUAUUCUUCAAUUCCUUAUUCUGCACCUGGUGGCGGUGCUGGUAGAACCAAUAGUAUUAGUAAUGGCUCGGGUGUGAGUGCUAUGAAUAGACAAGGGUCCUUCUCGUCUUUGAAUGAUCAAACUUCCCAAUCACAUAUCCCAAACUUACCUAAUGGUCAACCAAUUUCCUCCAUUCAUAUUCAAUCGCCUCAAGUUAGUUCCUCAUCGAUUGAAGCAAGAUUUAUUGUUUCCAAACAGCGUGUCGCUCAGGCUCAACAAGCUCAAGCCGGUCAAUUGAGCAGUUCUCAAAAAUCAGGGUCACAGUCGGGGUUGUCGUUCUUUUUCAGUCUGAAAGGAAAUAAACCAGUCAAGAGAGACUCCUCCCUGACUGAUUUAGGUUAUUUUUAUAAUAACUCAUACCAAGAUGUUAGUGUCAUGGCAAGUUCUCCAUCAUCCUCAAUAUCUUCCACGGAAUCGACCAAUUCUGCCAGUUUAACAAAGCAUAGUUCCAUGGCUAAUCUAAAACGAUUUUUCAAGAAAUCAAGCUCAAGUGCUGCCAUUGCCGUUCCACAACUGAACUUGACAAGAUCAAUGAACAUGUCAAGUAGUGUCAACAGUACCAAUGGAUCAUAUAUGGGUAAUUCAUUUGGAAGUAUAACUGCUAGUAGUUCCAAUGCUUCUAUUUCACAAUCUCCUGGAGUCGCCAGCACUUCAAUAACAAGAUCAUCUACACUACAAAACAAGAUCAAUUAUCAUGAAAGAAGAACUUCAGUCUCAACUUUAAUUGGUCAACAACCAACAUUACCAUUUUCUAAGAGAUAUAGUAAAUUUGGUGAAAGUUUAGGUGCUGGUGCUGGAGGUGCUGUCAGAUUGGUCUCGAGAUUAAGUGAUGGUAGAACUUUUGCUGUCAAGGAAUUCCGUUCAAAGUACCAAACUGAAACUAAAAGGGAUUACGCCAAGAAAAUCACCGGUGAAUAUUGUAUUGGUCUGACAUUGAAGCAUCCAAAUAUUAUUGAAACAGUUGAAAUUUGUUAUGAGAACGAGCGUAUUUUACAAGUUAUGGAAUAUUGUGAUUUUGAUUUGUUUGCCAUUGUUAUGUCGGGCAAGAUGUCCCGAAAAGAAAUCAACUGUUGCUUUAAACAGGUGUUGAGUGGGAUCCAUUAUUUACAUUCCAUGGGUUUAGCUCAUCGUGAUUUGAAAUUGGAUAAUUGUGUGAUUGAUCUGAGAGGUAUUGUCAAAAUUAUUGAUUUUGGAAGUGCUGUGGUUUUCUCAUACCCAUUCACAAAAACAUUGAUUGAAUCACAAGGAAUUGUAGGGUCUGAUCCUUACUUAGCCCCCGAAGUCUGCGUGUUUAACAAGUAUGAUCCAAGACCUGUUGAUGUGUGGUCAGCUGCUAUUAUUUACUGUUGUAUGAUCUUGAAGAAGUUCCCUUGGAAGGUACCUAAGUUGAGUGAUUCCAGUUUCAGAUUGUUUGCUAGCAGGGCUACUAAGGACAGUGAAUAUGCACCACUUGCAGAAAUGUUGAAAAAGACUCCUCAAGAUCAAGAUGUCACUGUGGAAAAAUCAAACAGUCUCAAUGAUAUAACCGAAGAUGAAGAGCAUGUAUCUGAAGAACAACAAGAUCAUACUUCGUCAGAAACUGGAGCCAACAGAUUAUUAUUGGCUCUUCCUGAAGAUUGUCGUCCCUUGAUUGGUAGAAUGGUGGAAUUGGCACCGGCAUGUAGAAUAACCAUGGAUGAAGUGUUUAAUGAUGAAUGGUUAAGUUCUGUGGGGAUGUGUACCGUGGAAGAGAAGAGUGAGGGUGGAUAUAGAGUUGUUGGAUGUGAUGAUCAUACGCAUACCCAGGUGGAUCAAAGUAAGGCCCAUAUUGCUGCUUUUGAUAAAAAUAAGAAAAAGUGAGUGUUGGGGGUCCAUAUCAUGUACUUGUAUAUUUUGUAAAAAAAAAAAAAUUGAUAGACGUUGCAACUGGUUACUGUAGAACAUUACUUUACUACGACAGUAAAAUUUCAUGAUAUUAUUUAUGCACUAUGUACAAGAUAACAACUAAUUGUGUCUCUGCUCUCUCCUCAUUACUAUCCCUAUGACUUCAAGCACUUUCGCUCACUUCAGCUCGGCUUUGCUACACGAAAGUUCGUUUAUGGCACCACUUUAAUCCCGACUGCCUUAGCAGUACUGAUAACACUGCCGACAAUUGCUUUCAUGUCAGUAUCCACAUGUCUUUCGUCAGUCUUUUUGAUCUUGGCAAUUUCAUAAACAUGCUUCAAACUGACUUCACCCACGCUUUGCUUGCCGGUUUCACCGGCACCCUUGGAUAUACCGGCAGCCUUGAACAAUAACCAACUAGUUGGAGGUGACUUCAUUUCAAACGUGAAUGUACGAUCUGGCUUGACACGGAGCACUACGGGAAUAGGUGUGUCUGGAAUAUAGUGGGCAGUUCUGGCGUUGAAUUCCUUACAGAAAUCUAUGGCUUUGACACCCUUGGAACCUAAGGCUGGACCAACUGGUGGAGCAGGUGCUGCUUUUCCAGCACCGACUAUUAACUUUAUAAGAGCUGGUUUAGCUGACAUUGUGUGGGUGUAUAUGUUAAAAUGAUAAAUAUGUCUGUCGAU